CGAGAAAGUUACAUUCCAUAAAGCGCAACGUACUCACUGUCAAAUUGCUGCGACAGGCACAUGUGCUUACGUGGAUAAUUCGUGCAAGUUUGUAUUUCGUAGAAUUUUAAAAAACCUAGUUUACGUGCUUGUUUUAUUAUAAAGGGUAAAUACCCUCUAAUGUCAGUGCCAUUGCAAACUGUGUUUGCCUCGACAUCGCAGUGAACAUGAACGAUAUGUCGCGGAAAAUGAAAAAUCCAUUAUUGUCCGCGGCUGGUCCAGACUUUCCCUUUGAUAAUUACGCGGAAAAUACAUUGCUGGUGCCAGUCACACCUGCGACACCAGCUGUGCUCCGAGAUGAUACUGAACUGGAUAAUUUCAUAGGACAAGAGCCAGUCAAUAUCCAAUCUCAAUCUCCAUUACGGACGAAUGAGGAUUCUUCCACCAAUGCAUCUUCUCAGCCAAAAGAGUACAAGGAUACCGCAAAUCAGCCAGGAAAAUCUGGAUAUCUUACAUCGAUUCUUUCUUCUCUGCCGAAUCUGUCAUUAUCGAUUAAAUCCGAUUCCUCGGGACCGCAAAUAAAUCAGAUACCCGAGAACACCAGCGAAACAACGCACGAACCUAAUCCUUACAUAACGCCGCAAGGAUAUCAUGGUUUUCCAUCGGAAACACCAGGAUUCUUAGCAAUUAAUCCUCAGGAUUCUCGAGGUACAAACUUGCCAGGAUUUGCUGCUUUUCCUACUGGUACUGUACCCAAUCCUCCACAGCCGGCAGCUCCACCCAGUAUAUCUCAACCCGGCUAUGCGCCCGUUUCUUAUCGACUUGGUAAUCAACGACGCUUAAAGUAUGCACCGCCGCCUGAUCUAACGUCUAACACCGCAAAGCCAUAUCUGAAUCCAGCAUUACAGACGUUCUUGCCAACUCAAAAUGUUUCUGCGCUACCAACUAUUUUGAAUCCAUAUGAAUCGGAGGGAUUGGCGCAGGGUAACAAUUCUAGCGUACAACAGACUAGCUGUUUGCCCGAACAACUUCCAACGUCUGAGCAGCUAUCGCGAAAUAGCUCUCUUCACAGCUCGUUUCGUUCCAGUCCAAUCGCAACAGGAGCGCAGUAUAAUUCAUCCAUAACAUCUACAAAUCAGAAUCCAUUUUCUGAAAGUUCUUCCGUGUCUGCACAAUUUCCUUCGUCAUUGUCUAGACCGAUACCUACACGGGUACUGGAGCCUGCAACACCACAGAACACUCCGGCGAACAUCUCUUUUCCUGGCUUUGCUCCUUACAUAAACCAGGAUCUACCACCAACAUCUAAUUCCGACAAAAAAGUAGCUGUAAUUAAGAACUCUAAUCAGCUAAAUUCACCGCCGGAAUUUUCGAAAGGCGGUACUCUCGAGACAACCACAGAAUCUACAUAUAAACCGACAUUAAUAUUGGGGGAAACUGAUGCGACAUUCACACCAAUAUCAGCAGCCAAGGUGACAGAGAAAUUAGAACAUUUACUUGCGGAACAGCAGGAAAAUUCAUUUAUAGCGACUCCUGAAACUCUUACAGAAGUUGACAAAACGUCCAGCGUUACUACUGAAUUAACGAAAUCUUUCGAAUCACAAAGCGACGCGCUAAAGGCUGCAAAUGAGAUAAUCAAUAAAUCACAUGAGGCGAAGUUGAAUGAUGUACAAGAGAAAGCAGUUCAACCUGGAAGUGACACAUGGAGUGACGUGUUUCUUGGGCAAGAGUCAACGACGCAAUCAGUGAUCUUCCCGGAAAUACAUACUGAUAACAGUCUGAUUGCAAUAACUCCCCAAUCGGCUAAGUCGAACGCACAUCCGCCUCAACAGCAUUACCAAGCGCAAUCGAUAUCUAUGUCAAGCUCCACAUUUUAUACAGAUGAGCCUGCGGAACAAAAGUCCAGCUUAAAUUACGUAUCACCUAUCCAACUUCCGCAAACUUCUUCUUCCGUCGAUUUCUACAACGUAUCAAAACCAACGAAACAGUCGGCAAGUGUAUUCUUUGAAUCAGCGAAACUAAAUCGGUUUCCAAGUUUUUCAUCGCAGGAAAGAAAUACAAAUUCUCCAUUUGCACAAUCAGUUAAUGCAACAAAUAAUCUGUUGCAAACUCAAGAAAAUUCCACAUUUAAUUCUAAAGCGAUCGAUUCCACGGCUCAUGUACCAUUUUGGAAUGUCGAUCAAUCUUCUCAGUCACAAGUGUUAAGUGCUGCAUUCGACCAGUCGACAUAUACAACGUCUAACCAACCGGUAUACACUGCUCCCAUUCAACAAUCAGCGCCGGUAUUUUAUAAUCCUGCCCAAUUUGCGAAUGAACCUUCUAAGCAACCGACUUUUUCACAUACAUACGACCAACGUUCUUCUCAACAACAAUCAUAUCAAAAUCCGCUUUACGGAAAUAAUACUGGGUUACAGCAACCCUACGCUAUUCCUGAAAAUAAUCCUGCAUAUUCUUCGCCCACUGUAUCAAUGACAACAUCAGUACCUGAACCAACGGGAUCAGCCACACUUAGUCCUGUUCAAAUGUCGGUUAAUUCGCCAACCAAUCGCACCACACCAGAUACCAUUCCACCAAGUUUUCAAAAUUGGGCUUCUGGAUCUUCCGACAAACGAAUGCAAUAUAGACCGGUAUAUCAUCAUUGGUUUUACCGUAAGGAAGUGGAGAACAAAACGUUAUGGCUACCAUUCUCCAUGCAGGACAGCUUAAAACUUGAAGAAGUUCAUAAUUCAAGCGAUAUCACGCCCGAAACUACAGUAGCUACUGAUGGCGGUCGUUAUGAUGUUGAUAUUUUACGCCGUCAAAGAGCACCAGUCUAUUGGAUUGGAACAUCUAAUGAAGUUAGGCGAUGUUCUUGGUUUUUCAAGGGAGCAGCUGAACCAAGAUAUGUUCCUUACAAUGAGAGCACUGCUGUCAAACUUGAGGAUGAAUAUAAACUGGCGUGCCUCUCGAACAACUGGAAUCGAAAAGUUGAAUUAAAUAAUGGAGAAUAUAUUGUCUUCCAUAGCGCUACAGUGCAGGUUCAUUACCUACAACCGGCUUCUCCCGACGUGGCAGGAUCUUGGGGAAAUAACGCUGCUUCAGAGGACAGUACAUAUUUACAGGGUUCUGCAAGUAGACCAAAAACUGUUAAAAGAGGAGUAGAUGAAUUCAAUAUAGAUGAGGGUGAACCUGAGAAAGUGGAUCACCUUCUGUUUCUCGUACACGGUAUUGGUAGUGUUUGUGAUCUGAAGUUUCGCACUGUAGAAGAAGUUGUUGAUGAAUUCCGAAGUAUAUCAUUUCAAUUGGUGCAAUCACAUUAUCGUACUGCAUGCGAGCAAGGAAUUGUAAAUAGAAUAGAAGUUUUACCGAUUUCCUGGCAUACAACGCUUCAUUCAGAUACGGGAAUUGAUAAACGACUACAAGCCAUCACGUUGGAGAGUAUUCCGAAAUUGCGACAUUUUACUAACGAUACUUUACUUGAUAUACUUUUUUAUACUAGUCCUAUAUAUUGUCAAACUAUCAUGCAAACAGUCGGAAGUGAGCUGAAUAGAUUGUACUCACUAUUUAAAGAAAGAAAUCCUAUCUUUGAUGGAGAAGUAUUCUUAGGCGGUCAUUCAUUAGGUAGUUUGAUCAUGUUUGAUCUAUUGUGUCAUCAAACACCCGAGAAAGAAGAUGAAGAUAUGGACAACGAGGAAGAAGGUGACAGUAUUGGGCCCAUUCAGCCAAUGCCUGCAGCUAUUAUCAAGAGACGUCUUAGUAGAAAAGUCAGCUAUGUAAUGGGAGCUGCAGGAACAGGCCAGCCUUAUAUACAUUAUCCGCAACUCACUUUUCGUCCGCGUGCCUUCUUUGCUCUCGGCAGUCCGAUUGGCAUGUUUGUAACGGUCCGAGGCAUCGAUACUCUAGGAGAAAAUUUUACUCUGCCUACUUGUCCGGCUUUCUUCAAUAUCUUUCAUCCGUUUGAUCCGGUAGCUUAUCGAGUAGAGUCCUUAAUUAAUCCUGAAGCCAGCAAUUUCCGACCUAUGCUGAUACCACAUCAUAAAGGCAGGAAGAGGAUGCAUUUAGAAUUAAAGGAGACGAUGGCACGUGUUGGAGCGGAUUUGAAACAAAAAUUAAUUGAUUCCGUAAGGCAAACAUGGAACUCUUUCUAUCAACUAGCCUUAUUUCAUAAGCCAGACAACCAAAUUCUUGAACGCGAAAUUGAUAAAGUCGUCGAAGAACAAUUACACACACCACCAAGCGUACCAGAUCAACAUAACAACGAUGAUGAUGGUGCCAAUUUAAAAGUAGGAAAACUUAAUGGUGGCCGCAGAAUAGAUUACGUUCUUCAAGAAGCGCCUUUUGAAUAUAUUAAUGAAUAUAUUUUUGCUCUUACAAGUCAUAUCUGUUACUGGGAAUCUGAGGAUACUAUGCUUUUGAUAUUGAAAGAAAUAUAUGGGUCUAAAGGUAUUCAGACUGACGCGCAACUUCCUCAGCAGUCAAUGUCAAUUGAGAGAGUGUCUCCUUCUCCAUCUUUGAAUUUAGCAGCUGCCUUGUUACCCAGUAAAAGUAAUAUAGAAACAUCACUUGUUAUGGGCGUAGAUCCUACAGUGCCUAUGUCCAGUAACCCUGUCGGUCCACCACCUAAGACUGGUUUUGUACCGAAAUCCUGAUCGAUGGAAUAUUUUUCCCAUAAUUAUAUGCUACGAGAUUAAAUUGUAUUGGAAUAGAAAUUAAUCUUAUA